AUGUUUGCUUCAUCCUCUGGAAGGUCACCGGCUUGGAAAUGGCCAGAAGACCUUCCCGACUCAUCGCCGGGUGCUUACCCUGAGCCGUCGCAAACAGAACCUGAAGCUACUACUCAAAAUACGCAGACCACUGAAAGCACCAGCAAAUCAAACCAUAAACCCCAACCUCACUAUCCUCCGCGGAUGUGUCGGAUAUGCUUAGAAACAGUCCAUCCCACAUCGGAACCUGAAUCACAAUACUUACCUAGUAUGCUACAAUCGAAGCCGCGCGUUGUCUACGCAUCACCUGAUCCAGAACUUGGCCGCCUAUUACGACCUUGCAAAUGUAAAGGGUCCUCGGCCUAUGUGCACGAGGGUUGCCUACAAUCGUGGCGCCAUGCCGAUCCAUCUUAUGGGAAGCGGAACUACUGGCAAUGCCCGACAUGCAGAUUCAAAUACCGAUUUCAAAGAGUAAUCUGGGCACGCUGGAUUACUAGCCCUGUAGUGCAGCUCAUUCUCACAUUCUCAAUUUUGCUAUUCACUGUCUUCGUACUUGGUUUUAUUGCUGACCCUAUUAUCAAUCUUUAUUUGGAUCCCGUCGAGACCAUUGUUGGUUCUGAAUUCUGGGAAGAAACUCACGUGCUGGAUGUACCAGUUCUAGGUGAAGAAUCAACAUGGUUUGAGCAUUUUCUUAAGGGAUUUGCCUCUCUUGGAGUUUUGUCUGUUAUCAAAGCGUUUUUAGCAUUGUCUCCUUGGCGUUGGUAUCUACGGGGUUCUGGUUUGAUUAGUGGUGGGCGGAAUACAGGCCGGCAGCGUGUUGCCUCCAUCAAUUGGCUUGUGAUAUUAUUCGGGGUGGUUACAUUUUUAGUGGCCGUCUACAAAGGUGUCCGACAGCUAGUCCGCAAGGCGCUACAGAGAGCUGGAGAACGGGUUCUUGAUGUUCAAGGCGAUGAUGACGGCGAUGAUGACGGCGACGAGGAUGUUGACAAAACGCCUUCUGAUCACGUACAAAAGGAGCAUUAG